AUGCGCCGCCUCCCGCCGGCCGCGCUGCUGCCGCUGCCACUCGCCCUGCUUGUGGCCACGGGGACCCCCAAGGCGCCAGUGAGCGCGCCGUGGAGCCUGGUGUGGGGGGCCGGGCUGCGGGCGGGCGUCGUGCUGCCCGUCUGCUACUUCUACCUGCAGGCCGUGAACUCGCAGGGCCAGAACCUCACUCGCUCGCCCCCAGGUCAAACACUAUUCAAAGUAGUAAUCAAAUCUCUUUCACCUAAAGAGUUAGUCCGGAUUCACGUCCUCAAACCUUUGGACAGGAACGAUGGGACAUUUUUGAUGCGAUAUAGGAUGUAUGAAACUGCCAGUGAAGGGCUGAAGAUAGAGGUCCUUUACUGUGAUGAGCACGUGGCUCAGUCUCCUUAUAUUUUGAAAGGAUCAGUGUACCACGAGUACUGUGAAUGUCCAGAAGGGGAUCCUCAGGCCUGGCAGAAAACUCUUUCUUCUCCAACCAAGGAACCACAGAUUGCAAAGGAUUUUGCUUCCUUCCCCGGCAUCAAUCUCCAGCAAAUACUAAAUGAAGUUCCAAAAAAGUUUGGGGAUGAGAGGGGUGCCAUUGUUCACUACACGAUUCUCAAUAACCGCAUCUACCGGAGAUCUUUAGGGAAGUACACAGAGUUCAAAAUGUUCUCGGAUGAGAUUUUGCUGUCACUGGCAAGAAAGGUCCUUCUCCCCGAUUUAAAAUUUUAUAUUAAUCUUGGAGAUUGGUCUCUGGAGCAUCGGCAAGUCAAUGAAAUCCCGGGCCCUUUGCCUAUUAUUUCAUGGUGCGGCUCCCUGGAUUCACGGGACAUUAUCCUUCCAACGUAUGACAUCACCCACUCCACGCUCGAAGCAAUGAGGGGUGUCACCAAUGAUCUCCUCUCUAUUCAGGGAAAUACAGGGCCUUCCUGGAUCAACAAAACCGAGAAAGCUUUCUUCAGAGGUAGAGAUAGCCGAGAAGACAGGCUCCAGUUGGUACAGCUCUCCAAGGAAAAUCCAGAGCUCCUAGAUGCAGGAAUUACAGGAUAUUUCUUUUUCCAAGAGAAAGAAAAGGAGCUUGGAAAAGCUAAAUUGACAGGUUUCUUUGAUUUCUUUAAGUACAAGUAUCAAGUGAAUGUGGAUGGGACCGUGGCGGCUUACAGAUAUCCAUACCUCAUGUUGGGUGACAGCUUGGUUUUGAAGCAGGACUCGACGUAUUACGAACAUUUCUAUAUGGCACUAACGCCUUGGAAACAUUAUGUUCCAAUUAAAAGAAAUCUUAGUGAUUUACUAGAGAAAGUUAAGUGGGCCAAGGAAAAUGAUGGAGAAGCCAGGAAGAUUGCAAAAGAAGGGCAGCUGGCCGCGAGGGAGCUGCUGCAGCCACGCCGGCUCUUCUGCUACUAUUAUGGAGUACUCCAGAAAUACGUGAGCGCCAGUCCAGCAAACCCAAAAUACGUGAUGGGAUGGAGCUCGUUCCUCAGUCAGAUGAUAAUGCGUCCCCGUGCCAGUGCCUCCGGGAAAGACCUUCCAGAGAAGAGCUUUAAGUCAGCUCCCAUCGACAGUCCUGCAAGUGCCAGCGACAGGUUGAAGGCAAGCCUUCAGACAGAGGCCGGGCGGCGGUGAACGCAGUCGAGGAGACAUGUGGACAGGCAGAGCAAGAUGAGAGCAAGUGUUACAGGUCUCUUUGAAUAUAAUUUUCUGUUGUGUAAAAACCUCCAUCAUCAACAUCGCAGUUUCUCGAAACAGAAAACUUGCAGGUCACUGUGGACAGAGAGGCUUUGCCAGAAUAGAAAUCAUUCCCUGUGAAAUGAUUUCCACCAUAUUUCCUAGUUUGUUCACUUUCCCUCUCCCUCUUCCAACUAUGAAGGGAAAAUGUUGGUGCAGGUUCCUCCCCUCUUAUUGAAUAAUUUCUCCUCCUACAAGCUGCUUUGGACAUUCUGUAAUAGCAAACCUCCUCUUGGAAGGUCUGAUAAGGAUAAUUAAGGAAGAAGAGCGUGGCUCCCUUGUUGAAGGUAGCUGGGAGACUGUGGAGGCCACAUUUUU